AUGAGCAGUACGAACCCGCUGAGUGGAAGGAGAUUGGUGUUCGUCAUCAAUUUUGUAGCUGGUAUAGCUAUUUUUUUCUUUGGCUAUGAUCAGGGCAUGAUGGGGGGCGUCAAUACAUCCCCGGAUUACGUUCGGACAAUGGGACUAGGGGAUGCUCAGUAUGAAGGGGCUUCAGAAGGGUGGGUUGCGACCAUCACAAACCCCACACGCCAGGGCGGAAUAGUCAGCAUAUACUACUUUGGAACCCUCCUCGGAUGUCUUCCUGCAGGUAUUAUAGGCGAUAGGAUCGGAAGACUCAAGACCAUGGCAAUCGGUGCAUGUUGGGUGCUAUUAGGAGCGUCACUACAAUGCUCUGCACAGAACUUGACAUGGCAUGUUUAUCCACCUUUAUCCCUCCAUAUAAGCACAGGCUUUCUUAAUGCCAUCGUCCCGGUAUGGAGCGCAGAGGUUGCAUCUCACACUUCCCGAGGCGCUUUCAUUGCUACCGAGUUCACACUGAACAUUUUCGGCGUCGUCGUCGCUUAUUGGCUAGAGUUUAGCCUCGGUUUUGUAGGGCAAGGAAACACGCAGUUUCGUUGGAGGUUUCCCAUUGCAUUCCAACUCGUACCGCUACUUGCAUUUGUGGCUUGUUUGCCAUGGAUGCCCGAGUCGCCCCGUUGGUUGGUCAAGGCGGGAAGAAAUGAAGAGGCUCGCACCAUUUUGCGCCUUCUGCGCGAUGACGGCGACCCUGAACACAGACGAGCAACCUCGGAGUACGAGGAUAUUGUUAGCAUCGUCGAACUGGAGAAGAAGCACGCCGGACGAAACUCCUACAUUGCCAUGUUCUUCGGACGCAAUUCUGGAGACUUACACAUCGCUCGACGCGUGCAGCUCUCAAUAUGGCUGCAAAUUGUUCAAGAAUGGGUGGGAAUCGCCGCUAUCACAGUGUAUGCCCCCACGAUCUUCGCUCAAGCGGGGUACGGCGCUCGCAAGUCCGAAUGGCUCUCGGGCUUAAAUAACAUUACCUACAUGCUCAGCACGCUCCUUGCCAUUGUGACCGUCGAUCGUUGGGGACGACGUGUUGGACUUUGGUGGGGUGCCGUUGGCCAGGGCGUCGCAUUAUUUCUUGCCGGUGCAUUCGGUCGUUUGCUCAAGGACCACCCCGACAGGGCCUCGCAAUUUGGAGGGGCCUCCGCAUUCUUCAUUUUCGUCUACACCGCAGUAUUCGGUGCGACUUGGCUGACCAUACCUUGGAUAUGGCCGACGGAAACAUUUCCGUUGGAGGUUCGAGCCAAAGGGAACGCAUGGGGCGUCGUCGGCUGGAGCAUCGGUAACGGCUGGUUAAUGAUGCUCAACCCCGUCAUGUUCAAUGCCAUCGCAGAAAACACGCUCUACAUCUUCGCGGUAGUCAACUUCCUGAGCAUCCCACUGGUGUGGGCUUUCUAUCCCGAGACCGCAAAUCGGACGCUGGAAGAGAUCGACUGGUUGUUCGCGACGAAGAGUCCGUUCGCGUGGGACAUGGAGACGAAUUUUGCGAGGAUAAAGGCAGAGCAAGCGCAAGUGGCGCUGAACACGAGAAACGAUGAGAUGCUCGCUAAAAGCGAGAAUUCGUGA